GCGGGCCUGCCACGCCGCUGUCGCCCACGCGCCUGUCGAGGCUGCAGGAGAAGGAGGAGCUGCGCGAGCUCAAUGACCGCCUGGCGCACUACAUCGACCGAGUCCGCGCGCUGGAGCUGGAGAACGACCGGCUCCUGCUCAAGAUCUCCGAGCGGGAGGAGGUGACCACGCGCGAGGUAAGUGGCAUCAAGACGCUGUAUGAGUCAGAGCUGGCUGACGCCCGCAGAGUGCUGGACGAGACGGCCCGAGAGCGCGCCCGGCUGCAGAUCGAAAUAGGGAAACUGAAGGCUGAGGUGGAAGAGGCCAACAAAAGCUCCAAGAAGAGGGAUGGCGAGCUCACAGUGGCCCAGGGCCGUGUGAAGGAUCUGGAGUCCCUGUUCCACCGGAGUGAGGCAGAGCUGGCUGCUGCCCUUAGUGAUAAGCGCAGCCUCGAGAGUGAAGUGGCCGAGCUUCGGGCCCAGCUGGCCAAGGCAGAGGACGGUCAUGCAGUGGCCAAGAAGCAGCUGGAAAAGGAGACACUGAUGCGUGUGGACCUGGAGAACCGCUGUCAGAGCCUACAGGAGGAGCUUGACUUCCGCAAGAGCGUCUUCGAGGAGGAGGUACGAGAGACGCGCCGACGGCACGAACGGCACCUGGUGGAGGUGGACAGCAGCCGGCAGCAGGAGUACGACUUCAGGAUGGCGCAGGCACUGGAGGAGCUGCGAAGCCAGCACGAUGAGCAAGUGCGGCUCUACAAGCUGGAGCUGGAGCAGUCCUACCAGGCCAAGCUGGACAGUGCCAAGCUGAGCUCUGACCAGAAUGACAAAGCCGCCAGUGCUGCCCGGGAAGAGCUGAAGGAGGCACGCAUGCGGAUUGAGUCCCUCAGCUACCAGCUCUCCGGCCUCCAGAAGCAGGCUAGUGCAGCUGAAGACCGGAUCCGGGAGCUGGAGGAGGCCAUGGCCGGGGAGCGUGACAGGUUCCGGAAGAUGCUGGAUGCUAAGGAGCAGGAGAUGACGGAAAUGCGGGACGUGAUGCAGCAGCAGCUGGCUGAGUACCAGGAGCUGCUGGACGUCAAGCUGGCUCUGGACAUGGAGAUCAGCGCCUACCGCAAGCUGCUGGAGGGCGAGGAGGAGAGGCUGAAGCUGUCCCCCAGCCCAUCGUCACGAGUCACCAUCUCAAGGGCCACCUCGAGCAGUGGCAGCAGUGUGUCCAUGACGGGGCGAUCGGGCCGCAGCAAGCGGAGGCGGCUGGAGGCGGAGGAACCUCCGGGCACAGGCUCCAGUGGCAUCAGCUCAGGUGGCAGCAGCAGCAGCAGCUUCCACCUGGCCCAGCAGGCCUCAGCCUCGGGCAGCGUCAGCAUCGAGGAGAUUGACCUGGAGGGCAAGUUUGUGCAACUGAAGAACAGCUCAGACAAGGACCAGUCUCUGGGGAACUGGAGGAUCAAGAGGCAGGUCCUAGAAGGGGAGGAGAUUGCCUACAAAUUCACACCCAAGUACGUGCUGCGGGCUGGCCAGACUGUCACGGUGUGGGCAGCUGGUGCAGGGGUGGCACACAGCCCCCCCUCAACACUCGUGUGGAAGAGUCAGAACAGCUGGGGCACAGGCGAGAACUUCCGGACUGUCCUGGUCAACGCUGAUGGGGAGGAAGUGGCCAUCAGAACCGUGAAACAGUCCUCAGUGAUGCGGGAGACGGAGAACGGGGAGGAGGGAGAAGAGGAGGGAGCUGAGUUUGGCGAGGAGGAUCUUUUCCAUCAGCAGGGGGACCCAAGGACCACCUCAAGAGGCUGCCGUGUGAUGUGACUGAAACACCCCUCAUCACACAUCUUUCUUUACCCAGAGCCACUGAAAACUAUUUUUAUAUCAUUGGCUUUCCUUAGUCCUUCAUACAUUUCUAGAGAAUUUUUAAGCAAACUGCCAGAAUGUGGGUGGGUCUCUGUUCUGUACUAUUGGUGGGUUUCUGUGGACCCUCCCUUCAACCACUGUCCAUUUCCCAUGUGGGUUGAAUUCCAGUCCAGGAACCUAACGGCUGACGGGUUUGGGCUUGGAGGCUGGAGAGGCCCAUGCAUUGCCCCUGCCUCUGUUACAGACAGGCUGAGAUGGGAGGGCAGAGAAGCUGUAGGAAUUCACUAGUUGUCCUUUGUGUUAUUAAGCUUUUUAAAACCAAAAUUAGGAUCCAGGUUCCUGCCUGGUGGCGGUAAGGGUGUCCCCUGUGGGGUUCAUGGCUCUGCCCACCAGAACGUGGUGUGGGAGCGCUUAGGAGUCCUAGGUUUUACUGCCCACUUGACUUCUAUCUUGCAACUCCCACUCUGAAGGUGUUUGGUGGCAGGCAGGAUUUUCCGCCUGCACGAAUCAGGGUGCCGUUUGCAGGGUGGAGGAGCUCCUUGUUCCCAUUCUGGCUGCCAUGCAUUUCUGGAACAAGACCAGUAAGACAGGAGAGAAGGAAAUCUGGGAACAGGGACACUUCCAAUCAAAGACUAGUAACCAGGUAAAUAGUGAGGGGACAAGAGUGAACCUCGGCAGCAAACGCCUCAGGUUUUAGAACCAUGUCCAUGUGUAACAACCAUUUCGUGCCCUCCUGUCAUGAAAAUACAGACAUCAGGGAGAGCCAUUGGAUGCCCUCACACACACCUCAUGCCCAGGGCUGAGGGCCAGUUUCCCACUGUCUCAUAUAUAUAGAGCGUCCCCCAAAAAUGUAUACACACACUUUGAAUAAUUAUAAAGGCACUAUUUAGUAAAAUACAUUUCAUUUUCAAAAUUAAGCUGUCAGCUAUUAGUGUGUAUACAUUUUUUAGGACACUAUUCUGCAUAUAUAUUGCUAUUCUCGCUUCUAUCUGUAACACUCUGGUGGAAAUGAUGUUACUCAGGCCACUGCCAGCUGAUCCCUUAAGGGUGGCUCCAUGUCACAGGCUAGUUUCUGGCCGCCUGGCAACCCUCUCUGCAUUAGCCUACCGUUUACAGACCCUUACCUAGAUACACAGAAGUUAUUUUUUUAAUGGAUAUUUAUUUUUUUACAUUGGUCAGUACUCAGAUUGCCGAUCCUGCUUCUGUAGCUCAGGCCUGGGUCACAGGGACAGCCCCACAGGGAGCCUGUCUCAGUGAGUUCUGAGUCCCCAGAUGGCAAACUCCUUCAGAAAGGGCAGCUCAAGUCUUUAAGACUCAAUACUGAGCCAGAGCAGCAUGCUGCCUGGCCGGGCAGUUUCAGAGCACCCCAAUGGCUGGCCCUUUGGUUCCCUUGGCUGGGAGAAGCACAUUUGCCAUGUGUACACCCCCAGGCCUGGCUUUCCUUAGGAAUUGCUUAUAGUGAGGAAGGGUGGAGGCCAGAGCCCCAGGCCAGGAGAGCCCCAGAGGCUGAAAACCUAAAUGCACUAUUGGGUCGCCCAUAGCCCUCGCUUUAUGUCCAGGUUCCUCCCAUGGCCACCCUAAGUUCGCAGGCCAAAGAGGGAAGUGUCACCAGAACAACUCACAGAAGGUUCUGGUGGGUCCCAGAGAGCUUGCCUGAUGAUGUAGCACCCUGUACCCUACCUGAACUUUUCCUGGGAGUGCAUGCAGGGCCCCUGAGGCCAAGGGUUGCCCCCCACAAGCCUCCACAGCCCCAUUGCAGGAACUGUGUGGACAGUGAGGGCCUGGAGAGUGUACAGUGAUGCACUGGGAAAAUGGGUGUUGGUAGCCCCAGACAAAAGGGGGGAAAUCUGAGGGUUCAAAACUGUCCUGGAUUUUGGGUUUGUGGUUUGCUAACAGUCUCCCAGCUGUAAGCUCAUGGACAGGGCCCCCCUAGUGCCUGGCAGAGGCCUUGGGUGGGGCUGGGAAGUGGCCCAGUCUCCACCCAGUAGGGAGGGUCACCUGGACCUGGUGGUGACACUCAUGGGUAAUCAAGUAUUUGGAAACAUGGAGCAGAAAUCAAUGUGAAAUUGCUUGUUAUGGCCUGGGAAAUAGUGCACGUGUCCUUAAACAAGCUUGGCUUUAAGCCUCUUACAGUGAUGGAGAAGUGAUGCCUCUGACUGAGCCCCUGUCGUGUGACUAAGCCCAGCGCUCCUACUGAAAAACCACACUGGCCCCCAGCAGCAGUGAGGGGGCUGCCCCCAGGGAGGUGACUGGGCGCCCACCUAGGGCAUGGCCACUCAGCUAGUUUCCUAACUGAGGCUCUGACACGGAGACUGCACUCCUGUACACAUUAGCAUAUCCAAGCGAGACUAACGCUCCUCCAGGCCGGCAGAGCUACUGGAAAGGUUUUAUGUCUAUGCCAGCACCUCAACACAACUUGCAGUGGAGUCUGCUUCCAGAACUGCCAGGUCUACACUUUCAUUUCAGAUGUGUUGGUGGUUUUUAAGGUGCAUGCCAAAUGUGUGGUCUUUUUCUUUUUUCCUCCAAUGCUUUGUAAUACACAUUUUCUGACUGGAAACUUUUUUGUACAACACUCCAAUAAACAUUUUGCUUUUAA